UUGAAGUAAAUGCACAGUUCGCUGUAAAUGUCAAUACAAUCUCAGAAAACUCGAGACCAAAACCGAAUAAAUCUUAUCAGUUUAGCACAAAUGGCGCUGCGGUCUACUCUUUGGAGCGAAAAUUGAACGAAAAGAAUCCUGGCGCUACCGAAAUGGCAUUGUUGGACGCGCUGUCUCGUCACGCACCACACUCCUUGACGGUUUACGCAUCGCCAGAAUCCGAACGAGAGAUAGGAUUUGUACGGGCGUUGACAACGGCGGAACUGCAAGCGGUCAGCAAACCAGCACCACUGGAGGUCGAAAUAUACAGCCCCACCGAGAUCGACCUAAUCGACACUGAUCUUCUGGAAUUGAGUGCACAGCGUCAGCCUGCAUGCUUUCAAUCUAUGGGCAAGAACUUCGAACGUGGCCAAAUUCUAU